CAAAGGACUGCUGGGGGACAAGUCAGAUGAGUCACUAUAUAAGACAGGCAAGGACAAGAAGGUGUAUGGUAGUACAUACUCAAUCCUUUCGUGGCUCGCACAGUCGUGGCGGGCAAUAGCGAAUUCGGUUGCGGCGGUGACCGACUUUUUUCUCUUUCUCUCUUUUUUUUUCUUCCAAUUGACCAAUUAGAAUCCUUCUUCCUAUCUUCCUUUCCUCUCCUCUCCCCAACCCUCCUGUCUUAAAGCUAUUGCUUGUUAUUCUAUAUUUUGGGAGGGGGGAAUUCCCACUUCCUGGUGUCUAGUACCCUUAAAUAGUUUACCUUCCUUAAGCACAUCGCUUAUUUCCUUCACGACAGUAGUCGGAGCGUCGUCAGAUAUAAAAACACAGAGUCAAAGGAAUAUAGUACAUCCGAGUAGACAAGAUUGUGUCUCCUUUUCUUUCCUUUUUUCGAAUAUCGAAAGGCUAAGAAAGACAUACAGAUAUACAGACUUCGUGCGGUACAUAUAUAUCAGUGAUAACUGCACACUGACAAACGUUCGAAAACAUUCACGAGCGUUUCGAUUUUUGGUAGAACGUGAUCGGUACAAAAUGUUGGUGGAACAAAUUACUGGAUUUCUGUCAGAUUACGGUUUUUGGUGGACUGUUUUAAAGGACAAUUUCACCCUGUUUGUCAUCUUUACCGUUGUGAUUUCCUUUUUGAAUUAUUUUCGAUAUCUAAAUUCAUUGCCACCUGGUCCGUGGGGGUUGCCGUUCUUGGGCUACAUACCCUUCAUGACACCACAAUUGCAUCGACAAUACAAAAAGAUGGCUGAGAAGUAUGGUCCCAUAUUCUGUGUCAAUUUUGGAUGUAAACCCGUCGUUAUUCUCGCCAACCAUGACACCAUACGUGAGGCAUUCAACCGCUCGGAAUUCGCGGGCAGGCCGAACACCCCAUUCAUAGGCAUCAUGGAGGGAUACGGAGUUAUUAAUGCGGAAGGUCCCUUAUGGAAGAAUGAGAGAAAAUUCCUCAAUACAAAAUUUAAACAAUUUGGUGCGAAAAUGAUGAACAACCACAGUGACAAUUUGGAGUUAGUGAUAAAGCGUGAAGUCGAUACGUUGCUGCGGUACAUGGCAAGGCACGAAUUUGAACCGAUACAUGUUUCGUCUCCUCUCAGUCUGGCAACUACCAACGUGAUUAGCUAUCUCGUAAUGGGAAAACGCUUUACAAAUGACGAAUUUUUAUUCCAAAGAUUCAUGAACCUCACUACCGAGGGAUUUAGACUCUUCUCUUCAUUAACGAUGGCGAAUUAUGUACCAGCAUAUCGUAUUUUUCCGGGUACGCAAAAAAUAAAGAAAAAGAUUCAACAGAAUCGGGAGGAAAUGUCAAUGUUUUUUGAAGAGGUUAUCAAGGAACAUAGACAGAAGUACGAUAGCAACAAUCUUAAUGAUAUUGUUGACACCUAUCUAUAUGAAAUUGAGAAAGUCCGAGAAAAAGGUGAAGAGAAUUUCGAAGAUCGUUUCGAAGGAAGAGAUGUCGAUCGUCAUUUGCAGCAAAUUAUGGGGGAUCUCUUCUCUGCCGGUAUGGAAACGGUGAAAACUACUUUGGAGUGGGGAAUAUUUUUCAUGCUGCACCACCCGAAUGCGGCAGAAGCAGUGCAGAAUGAAUUGGACCAGGUCGUAGGAAGAUCAAGACUGCCCAAUCUGCAAGAUAUGGAUCAACUUCCGCUUACCAAAGCGACAAUUCAAGAGAUCCUUCGGAAAAGUAGCGUUGUACCGCUUGGAGCACCGCAUGCUACUACACGGCCUACGACAUUUCAAGGCUACCAUAUACCAGCUAACUCCGAAGUAAUAUCAUUGAUAUAUGCGGUGCAUAAUGAUCCGGAACUCUGGGGCGAUCCGGAAGUCUUCCGGCCAGAACGUUUCAUCAAGAGUGACGGUAAAAUCGACAAGCCCCCGAAAUACCUCAUGCCCUUUGGAGUUGGUCAACGAAUAUGCUUGGGCGAAAAACUGGCACGCUACGAACUCUUUUUAUUCUUUAGUUCGCUGUUACACACAUUUAAUAUACGCCUGCCUGAAGGCGCCUCGUUACCUAGCAUCGAGGACGGCAUCCUUGGUACCACUUUUGCACCACAACCUUUCAAGAUUUGUCUACAGAUGAGAGAUUCUAUACUGAUAGAUGGCAACGCCAACAACGAGUUUGUGCGUAACGUUGGUGCGUAAGUAUUCAAAGAGUCCACAGCACGGGCGCAGUACUUGUUCCUAUUGACGCAGGAGAGAUGAAUAAAGAGAAGAGAAUUUGGAAGUCGCGUGUCGAUGCGUGAAAUCUAUUCGCGCUAACGCACGCGCGCAUCAGCCGAGAUGAAAACAUGAGAGACAGUAAGAUUGUUUAAUUAUAUGUUAAUUAUUACUAAAGAGAGAAGGGUUGAACCUUCUCGUUCCGCCAAAACCUUCAUACAAAGUCACACUCUAAUAUUUAUGAAAAAAAUUUUGACAUUAGCCUAACUGAAGUUUAUACAUUUACUCUGCUGAAAAACAAAAAAAAA